GAUGGACCAUCAAGAGAAUGGGAGGAAGAAGCCACUGAGAAGACAGAAGAUGGAGAAGGUGCAUCACCUCAGUUGCGGUUUCCCCGCUCGACUGCACCGGCACUGUCAAGCGCAAGUGGCUCAGGCGUUCUUAAAGCAUCUCCUCUUCAUCAGGCAGCAGAUACCCAUACCGUACGAUCAAUUUCGCAAGCAAGUGCUUGUUGCAGACGACGCUCAAAGCAAGAAGACUGCUCGAUCAAAAGCUCUUUCAAGAAAAUGCAGAAAAUUUAUUGAGGGUUCUGACUAUGCCCUUGAAUCCUUCCACGAACUAUUUGCCCAUCACGACGUUACCUCUAUCGCUAUUGCGUUUGGUCCAACACCAAUCAACCCUAGGCAGCUUUUCUUGCUGAAAUUCGAUGAUUCUUCAACAGAAGAUAUUGAAAGCAGCAAACUUCAGAAAUUGGGAAUGGAUGCUUCUCGAGCAAUUGUGAGACAGUGCAUCGGUAGCGGAAUCUCUGAAUUUGAUAGUCCUUCUCUCCCUCAAAAGAUAUACCUGAUGGCAUAUGUGCGCAAUUAUGGGAUCAGUCCUGAGAGCGGCUCAGAUGAGCAACAGACGAGAUUUCACGGAUGGAAUUGCAAGCAUAAUUUUGGAUUGAAAGCAAGGAAGUGUUCCCCAAUCAUUCUCUACGUCGGAUCCCAUCAAUUCUGUUCAUCUGCUCCUGAAGAUUCUACAUUUGUUUCUGAGACGAACUUGGACGCGAUUGCAAAGGAUAUUGAGGCGGAGAGCAACUCUAGCUCACAGGAGCCCUCCCAUACUUCGAUAUGGCUGCAGUGUCAGGCUGUCCUGAAAGGCCUUGUACCCGAGAACUCUUCGGGUUCAGAUUCGACGUCCAUGAUUUGAAAAGACUAGCAUUCGAUUCCGCUGUAUAAUAUACCAAUCUU